CCAGAAUGAACGCCGUCUCCAAACGUCUCAAACUCAGCCAGUCCAGACCGCCGCCCGGUGCCGCCCGGAGCCUCAGACCGCCACGCGCCAGUCCGCUGCCCGGCUCCCAUGAUGCUUUGCUUCCUGGCUCCCAUGAUGCUUUGCUGCUGCCGCCUCCUGCAGGGGGCGGAGCUACGGCAGCUCUGGAGGAGGAGGAGGAGGAGUUCCUGCUAGUGGAAGAAGAUACUACAGACUCCAGCCUCAUCAUCACCAUGGAGGAGAGUCAGCAGGAGGUGAAGGCAGCGAGGAGGAGAGCAGUGAGGAAGAGGAAGAAGAAACUGACGGAGGAAGGAAGGGGCGGAGCCUCAGAGAGUGAGGAGGAGGGGGCGGGACCAGAUGUGGAGAUUGACAGGCAGCUCGACCAAUCACUGGAGACCAAGUCCAAACAGCACAACCUGACCACGGUGAACGUCCGAAACAUCAUCCACGAAGUGAUCACCAACGAACACGUCGUGGCCAUGAUGAAAGCUGCCAUCAACGAGACGGAGGCCGUCCCUGCGUUCGAGCCGAAAAUGACUCGAUCCAAGUUUAAAGAAGUCGUGGAGAAAGGAGUGGUGAUUCCAGCCUGGAACAUCUCUCCCAUCAAGAAGACGAGUGACGUCAACAAGGCCCCCCAGUUCGUGGACAUCCCUCUGGCUGAGGAAGACUCCUCUGAUGAAGAGUACCACCCUGAUGAGGAAGAGGAGGAUGAGACGGCUGAAGAUACCUUCCAGGAGAGUGACCUGGAGAGCACAGCUUCGUCUCCCAGAGGAAGUCGUCUGAACAGAGGGGAGGAGGACAGCAGCAGUCCCUGGCAGUCCUGCCGGAGCCGCUCCAGGCGUCUCAGGGGGGGGGCCGUCUCCAUGGGACCCCCCCCUCCUCCCAAAGCUGCCCCCCCCAGAGUGGUCGCUGACAGCGCCUUCCUGGAGAAACUGCACGCCGUGGAGGAGGAGCUGGCUGUGUGCCUGGAGCCCUACCAGCCUCUGUCUGAGUCCCAGGACGAGGUGGGUCUGAUGGCGCAUCGGACUCGGUCCAAGCGAGGAGAGUGUGAUGAUGAAGAUGACCCAGAGUACAACUUCCUGGCCGAAAUCGAUGAACCAGAUGUGGAGGAUUACCGUGGACGACAAGGCUGUCCGCAAUCACCAUUAAAGGAAGACCUGGGCGACAGGAAGUGGACGAUGAAGGCCAAGGAAGAGAGGAGGAGCCUCAGCCUGUUCAGACACACCCUCCUCAGGAGCAGCACCACACCAUGA